UAUAAGUAGGAUUCGUUUAACAUUAGAGUUAAUUCUAUACCGCUUUACUUCUCUAUCCGGCAGUUCAGAUCAACAUGUCAGCGUCAAGAAGUGGGUAGGCUACCCUUAAGGUGACGGAUGCUGACGCAGAUGUACAGCUGGUUGACAUGAUUUACCGAUUCACGUGACUGUCCCUUGGUAUGUGGAGGUAAGAUGUGGAAAUCAGGCCUGGUUACUCUCCUCGCCCUGGCGGUCUCCUGUAAUUGCUUACAGUAUGUGAGGAGACAAACGUUUAAGUCGGAAGACGGAGUUUCCGGGAGGACAUCGCUGAAGAUUGACGUCCAAAUUCCGGGUAAGAUCCAGUGGAAAUCCGACAGUUCCAACACCCUACAGUUCCGUGUAACAUCACGUGCCACAGAACCGCAAGAAUUGGACAACGUGCGAGUCUCCCUUGAUAGCAGCGCCGAUACUGUUCUUCUCACAGUGAAGUCUGUUCAGAAACAACCGUCAUUCGCUGCUCACGGGGCCGUGAACGGAGCGAUUGGUCUAUACGUGACGUCACUUCCGCUGAUAGCCACUGUGCUUAUCACCACGAUGUGGCCGUCAGGUUCCGGUGGGAGAUGGGGUAAUGUUGUGGCAUUGUUGUUAAUCUGGCUGGUCCGCGAUCCUGGCGGAUCCCUGGUGGACACAAGGCUACUGGUGGACAAAGAUGCCGCUGUAACCGUCCUUGUUCCAGAGGCGUUUGUGUUCCAGGCGGUCAGCCUGCGCGUAGCCGACGGGGAGAUCGAGGUGGAUCCCGCCCUGACCCAUACCCGAACUCCGCUGGAAUGUUUCGCCUCGGCCACCAGGCAAACCGCGACGUCAGACUCAGGUAAUAACAGUAGGGUGUCACUAGGCUGUGACUUUUGCUGCUCGGGGAGAGGCGUCUGUGACGAGACGAACUCGUGCCAGUGUCACGAGGGGUACAGCGGCCCCGGAUGUGAACAUCAAGAAUAUACCAAAUACAAGGUUUACAUCAACCCGGCCGACACGCGUCUUCUCUCCACCCAGACUUCAGACGGCGAAGUCAUCCAUCUGUACGGGAAACGGUCUUCGGAUGGAUCUGUCCGGUCCCUUAAUGCUUUGAAGGUUCGCCAGACAGACGAACGUCAAACAUCCGUCACGCUGGGGAAAAGAUAUCGCGUGAAGAGAAUAACCUCGUCCACCGGAAGUCGUCUGAAUUUGAAAUGGCUCCGUCGAAAUCGAAUUUACGUCAAAGCCGUGACUCCCGAUGGUUCGUCUCAGGUCAACAUCGAUGUUCGGUUAAAAAAUCAGCGUUCCGGGAAAAAGAAAGGGAAUGUGCGGAAAAGGAGGAGAAAGAGAAGAGAGACGAGUGAAGUGGGGGUGGGGCACCUUAGAGGUGACUUUCCGUUUGACAGGAGAAUGUUAACCGAAACUCGCAGUCAGUAUUUGCAUAUACCUGUCCGAGUGGCCAGUUGUGAAGUACCGGAGCCACUCGCCGAGGUGUUCGCCAAUGUGUAUCUGAACUACCAGAACGGCACGUGGGACGGGUCUGUGGAGUAUCGUGCCAUGCGCACCAGAACCCCGGGAGUGUUUUUCAUUCAAAUCCCCAACAACCCCGCCUCCAGGGCUAAAGACAGCCUGGCUAAAGCCUGCUCCUCUAUCGGAAAAGCGGCCUUAAGGAGUUGCGCCUCAGUGUCGCCGAGAGUCCAGGUAUACGAGGAGAAAAUUUGCAACGCGACAGCAAACGGGUUUGCGUUUAUCCCGAACGCGGACCCUCGCCAGGUGCAGGACGUCCUUGAGACAUGUAGGGCCGGGUUUAAGGCGGUCGAGUCCCAUUGUAAGACGAUCGAUUUUACACCAGAGCAACAGGACGACGCCUUCUUGGACUGUGACAAUGUUCAGAGCUACGAGGACUCCUAUACGGACAAGCCGAUUUUCGUCUCGCCUGUUGUCGUCUACCCGGACGGCCGGAUCCUCAAUGGGAAAGGCGCAGAGAUUAGAAUCACCCGCAACAUGGUUUAUCACGAGGAAGGCUUCGUGUUGGACGACAAUGGCGGCGGUGUCAAACUGACGGACAUCGUCGUGGAUCCGUCCGAUCCUAAACCCAAGGAACGCUACACAGUCCGCGUUACUCACCGCUGUGCCUCCAACAAAACCUCUCUCUACGCCUCCGUGGCCGGAAGUGACUUUUACACAAACGAAAUGUCCUGUAUCGGGUAUAAAUCAUGCAACUGUUGUGAGCUGGGGGUCGCAGGGGCCGCAGAGCUCGUCGUGGACAGUGUCCAGGUCCAUAUCGAGGACCCCCACCUAAAGACUCCGAUAUCUAGACAUGUUGUUGUUAUAUUCUGAUACGCCAUUGGUGCGAACAGAGAUGAAAGUUUCUGUGGUUGUGCGCGUAUGUGGAGAUGGCCAACAGGAGUAGUGUCUUGUUUCUGAGCGCUGGUUCGUAUGGCCAAAUCCCGUGAAUAGCAAUAUAUUCUGACAAUAUGACAGUGUGAUAAAUCGACUACAAAUGAAAUCCUUAAAAAUAGUUGAAAUAAGGGGUUGAGCUGAAAAUUCGGGGAGUCUGACGAUUGUCAUGAAUGUUCAGUGAACUGAACUAAUCGGUGUUGGUGACACUGCAGUACUUGUGUACUAGCUUAUUGCUUUAUUGGCACAGAUAUACACAGAAAAUACGACGUACCGCAUCGUUAUGUGCUGUGACGUAGCGUUCUGUGCCGUGACGUAUCAGUACUUGUGUGCCGGCUCACACAAGUCAUGACCACAGCGUCAAAUCCGUGGGCGAAAUAUCACGUGAAAUACAAGUAGCAAAGCAGCAUGUGAACUGAUUGUUCACGGUUGAUUGAGGCUCAUCAUUUGUGUCGCACGUGACUAUUGUAUUCUGUCAACGUUUUACACACCAUGAUGAGGCAGCGAACCAGUUCUCUGACCUCCGGUGACCUCAGCAACGGUUAGAAAAUGACAUCACUGUACCAUCCAAAGGGGUAUGCGUGUUACAGCAAGGUACGAGUGCCAUACCGUUUGCACACGACUUGAUCAUAAUUUGAGUGCUGUUAUAAAGAUGCAUGUCUCCACUGCCGGAAGCUGCAGGUAAAUGUUAUGACUGAGGUGAUUUCGAUUCCUUAUUCUAUGUUUCAUUUUCAGGUAUUUCCACCACUUUUAAGUUAACUUUUAAUUUUAAGAUUAUUCCACGAUUCCAUAUAUGAUUUCCAUGAUCUUUUUUACAAUUUUUAAACUGAACAAAAUUCAAAAGCAGUAAAAAAAGUAUUUAUGCUCAGUGGUGGACUUACUGCGCCAUAUUGAAUACGCUGAAGCAUAUUGAAGUUACAGGUGCUUUUUAAACUUUAAAACAUCUCUAACUCCUAUUUGUCUAUAUAAAAUACAGAUGUAGAUUUUUACUCCAUGUAUAUUGGUUUUGAAUAUGGUAAUAUAGGAAUCUGCGUGUUCAACGGGUAAAAAACAAUCGUCGACGUCUUUUUGCUUCAGGUUGUCCAAUAUGGCUCAAAAAGUCCACCCCAGAACCCGAGUCUCUAUUUGAAUUUUAUUCACUGUAAAAAUAAAAUGUAAAACACAAUCAUGAAACCCAUAGCCGGAAUCAGAACGUCUUUUAGAUGAUGUCUUCUUUAUAUAAAGGUGGAUUCUUCCUUCAAGCUAUAUGGGCAAAACAACUGCGUGAUUAGCGUAUAGGUUUCUGGCAUUGUAUUUUAUUGGUUCCAUUGUUUGGGACUCAAAUGAAGUGGAUUGUUCACUAUAUUGAAAACCGUAAAUUUGUCAUAUACACGUACGUCUGUGACGAGAUUUAGCUUUUUUACGCCCUUCCCAGUACUGAAGGCUCGUCAUGUUCUGAAUGCACUAUUUUCCCAUGUACAACAACAACAAUAAACAUGGUGCAAUAUGCAUAAUGCACAACGGGUUACCAGAAAAUAUUAAAGGAAUCAGUGACGACUUGAAGAUCAAAGCCACAUUUUUUAGUAUAUCGGUCAUAUAUUCGUGAUUAUAAUCAAAGGUAAAAUACUAAAACUAUAAGACACCGUCAUUAAUUUGUUUCUACUGAUACCUGUCGCUUUUUAAAACGACUAUCUGAAUAGCAUGAUAUAUUUUGAACUCUUACGAUUUAUGGACAAUAUUUACAUUGUCUGGCGUCGACAUCGUGACAGGGAAUUCUUCACUUUUGUCUGGCGUCGACAUCGUGACAGGGAAUUCUUCACUUUUGUCUGGCGUCGACAUCGUGACAGGGAAUUCUUCACUUUUGUCUGGAUAUUACAGAGGUUAUACAGCAGAUUUUGGCAAAUAUUUAUCAGCACAAAUCCAAUCGAUUGAUUACAGUUAUUUUAGAAUAGCCCAGAUAGUCACCUUUCACAAAGUAUGAGCCUUGUCUAUGAACGUUCUACCGUUAGUUACCGUUAAAUCGACAAUAAAGUAAAAUCGUAAAGUUUAUAAUGCCAUCCGCUGUAUAUAUGUAACUGUUAAACUUUAGAAUAUAAUUAAGACGCACAGCACAGAGAUACAAAAACAGAGCAGUGACGACAGUGUGAUGGCUGGCAAAUGGUCCCAGGUAACCGGUGAAAUACGGCCUCAAUUUACCUCAGUCAGGGUUUUAUUCUAGGUGUUCAUGUAAAUGCAUAAAUAGUAGCAAAAACCCAUGGUUUAAGCAGAAUUAGCUAAAAACAAAAAAACUUUAACAUUUAUUAUGUCACGCAACAAGACACGACGUCAUACAAGAAGACAUGUGCGCGUCACGCUAUAUACCGAAGUCUGUGAAUGUCUUCAGCUAAAAUAUAAAUAAUAAAUAGAAUAUUGCACAGUGGAGGUUGAAUAUCAUAAACAUUUUUCCACUGAGAGGUGGAAAUGAUAACCCACGGUAUUUAGGAUAUCCAACCUCCACUGUGCAAUAUCCUCAAUUUAUCAAUUUCAACACGGAGUGCUUUACCCCGUUUCCAAGAAUUUUUCACUUAUAUGGUGGGAGGAAAUUGGGUACACCCCGGAGGAAACCCACGACUACUAAUGACGUCACAUAAUAUCAGUGAGGCCAUUUAAGCCGGCGUAGAAUUCAGAUAUUUAAAUGCAUUUAAGUCUGAGCCUAAAUGGGUUAUAUUAAAUCAAGUGAUUUUAGGCACAUUAUUUACUGGGGUGUCAGAUAAUGUUCCCUUCAUAUUACUUCUUUACAUCUGACGCAUGCACGACAAGAUCUGGCUUCCUCUCUUGUCAUACAACAAUGUAGGUUUUGAAAUUGUCACCUGAUAAUUAAGUUUCAUACAUGGAAGAAAUAAUUUAGAGAGCAGUAUGUUUUAUUAUGGAGAAUAAAGUAUUUUAACAAAUAUAUA